CCCUUCCCUCCUCUGGCUGGACCACCCACUUCUGCAAAUCAUUCUUGGAGCUUUCCACUUCCGUCUCAAAAUAGAUCGACCUUGGCUCCCUAACACAGAAGGCGCACUCUACUCAUUUCUCCUCCUCACUCUUUCCCAGUAGGCAUCGUCUUACAGCCUUCUGCUCGACGGGCUUGUCUGCAUUGGCAGAAAACUUCAACUGGUUUGGGAACGCCUUCACAACUCACACGCUUCUCUGAAAUUCUCUCUCUUCUUUCUGCCCCCGCCCACUCCUCUCUACUUUUUUUUUUUUUUUUUUUUUUUGCCUUCAAGGCACUUUUAUUGUAUACACUAGGCGAUCAUGAGUAACCAGGGGUCGGGUGGCGAUCACCACGGCUCGAGCGAGGACUCGACGUCAGACUAUGCCGACAGCAUUGACUUUUCUGAAUUCACAUCCAUCGACACCGCUCAGAUGGUUCACAGAUACCGAAAUGGCAGACGGUAUCAGGGAUGGUUUGAGGGACGAUAUGGGCUACCAAACGACGACACAGAACAGGGCCGUGAGCACCUCAAGCACAGGCUCUACUCGGAUUACCUCCUCGGCGGCGAAUUCUUCAUCUCACCGAUCGGCAGCAACCCCCAGAAGAUUGUCGACUUGGGCACGGGCGCUGGAUUUUGGCCUGUCGACGUGGCCGAGAAAUACCCCAGUGCUCGUGUCAUUGGAAGCGACAUUUCAGCUAUCCAACCUCCCUGGUCUCCGCCAAAUGUUGAAUUUCGGGUAGAGGAUCUCGAUGAUGAAAACCAUCCUUGGACGAGAAUUUACGCCGGUGCCGACCUUAUCCAUACCAGAUCAGUCAUACAAACCGUUCGCAACCCCGAACUAUUUCUCCAAAGAGCUUUCGAGAAUUUGAAACCGGGCGGGUGGCUUGAAUGCCACGAUCUUUUUAUACCUCUAGUGUACGAAGACGGCACUGUAGCAACAGAUCAUCCCGUUCAGCGCCUAUAUGACCUCGUAAACGACGGACCGUUCGCAAGACGAUAUGGCUGGCAGCUCUAUCUUCCCCCGAGAUUGCCGCAAAUUCUCCGGGACAUGGGCUUCGUCAACAUUCAAGAACAGCAUACCCCGAUUCCCGUUGGCAGAUGGUCGCGGCGCUCAAGAGAUAGGGAAAUGGGCAUGUUCAACCAGGACAACCUCAUCGACUGGACCGCGGCCUUACUCAUCAGGCACGAAGACUUGGGAAUAUCAGAAGAAGAGGCACGACAACUGUGUCAGGAGACUCUUAUGGCCAUGGACAACAACAAAAUCCAUGCUCUCCUCGACUGGGGGGUAGUCUGGGCACAGAAGCCCCUAUGA